AUGCUGAACGUAACUAACGUAUGCAUCAACGAGUUCAAUCGUCUCAAAACGAAUAUCCAUUCUAGCACGCAAUGGAUAGUCCAUCAUUUGAUCGCUAGACUACCUACGACAACUGUACAAGCCUGGGAGCAUUACUUGGGAAACUCCAGCGACAUUCCGAGUUUCCUCGACUUGGAAACCUUCCUCAGCAAUCGCCUCGUCAGCAUGAACAUCAUUGAGAACCGGAAAUUUUCACAGCCCACGCACAACUCUACGAUCAACAAAUCGACAAAUUAUCCACGCCAAAAUCCCAAGCAAAAGGGUUCCGGCUUCUACAAGGGCGUUCCACACCACGACUGGAACCAGCGGUCCCAUCUCUUGCGUAAACUCAUCAAUCAUCCCUUGUCGCAGUGUGGCAGUAACAAGAAUUGUUUACAAUGCGGACAGCGUCACCAUACCCUGCUUCACUUCCCCACGACGUAUACCAGCUCAUCACCGAUUAUUCAGAACGCAGCAAGCGAGAGCUCCGAUCCUGCUCAUCCUUCUGAUUCCACUACAGUGCUGAUGGCCACUGCCGCGCAGUCAACUCGAUCCAUUUUGCUGGCCACAGCUCUAGUACAACUACAUAAUAACAGCACCGGACAAACUGCCGUUAUUCGAGCCUUGAUCGAUCAUGGCUCUGAGGGCACGUUAAUCACAGAACGUGUCGCUCAGUUACUAGGACUUCCAUGUCACCAAGUCACAGCACAGAUUACCGGGAUCGGUGAUAACUCAAAGAACAUCUGUAGAUUUAGUACAGAGUUCUCCAUAAGCUCAUGUACGGACCGUCAAUUUCACCAUUUGGUGCGACCAGCGUAUGUCCUCAACUCGAUAACCUCUCAUUUACCAAGAAGCAAUGUCAACGUGGACACUUGUCAGCAUCUUCAGGGAUUACACUUGGCCGAUCCCACCUUUUCCAGGCCAGGCCACAUCGACUCGUUAUUUGGAGUAGAUCUAAUACCAUAUUUGUUGCUGCCAGAUUUACGGAAAGGAGCUUCAAAUCAACCUAUUGCUCAACUCACUCAAUUGGGUUGGAUCGUGUUUGGCCAUAGCAAUGAAACAAGGGUAAAUGUGGUAACCAUUCGUUGCCAUCAGACUAAUCUGGAUGCACUGGUAAAGGGUUUCUUUGAUCUCGAUCAAAUCAGCUCUGAGAGGACCUUAACAGCAGAAGAACAAUGGUGUGAGGAUCAUUUCCAGCGUACCUGCACCCGACAACCCAAUGGAAAAUACCUGGUCCGACUUCCGUUAAAACCUGAAUUUGAUAAGGAACAAGUCAUCGGAAAGUCUCACCAAAUAGCACUCAAUAGAUUCCAUCUCUUAGAACGUCGGCUAAACAGAAACGACUCACUUAAACAACAAUAUCACUCCACCAUUAAAGAAUAUUUUGAUCUUAAGCAACUCUCCAAAUUCACUACCGCAGAAUCUUGGCAUCAAAUGAUCACUCCAAGAGGUCAACAGUAUUUGUCAUCAUGUACUCUCCCACACCAUGCCGUGGUUAAGGCGGACAGUACAACGACCAAAGUUCGGGUGGUGUACCACUUCAAACGGAAAAUCCCUUAA